AUGCAGCUCUCAGGGUCUAUUGCUGCUUUACUUUUCUUAGUCAUCUGGCCUUCCAUAUUCUAUGGGAUUGUAGUGGCGCAUCAAGUUACAUUCUAUGUGCAAAAUAAAUGCCCCUUCCCAAUAUGGCCAGCAACUGCACCAAACAAUGGCCAACCAGUAAUAGCAGGUGGUGGAUUCUAUCUUGCUCCAGGCCAAACUCAGCGUAUUGUAGCACCAUGGUCAUGGAGUGGUAGGAUUUGGGCUAGAACAGGUUGCAAUUUUGCUUCAAAUUGGAAACCUGCUUGUGAAACUGGUGACUGUGAUGGAAGACUAGCUUGCAAUGGACUCAUAGGUACACCUCCUGUCACACUAGUUGAAGUUUCACUUCAAGGUGAUAAAGGCAAGCCAAACUUUUAUGAUGUUAGCCUUGUUGAUGGUUACAAUAUCCCAGUUUCUGUCACCCCAAAGAUCAUAAACCCCACAUGUAGUAAGAUUCAAGGGUGUUUGAAGGAUCUUAAAAGCUUGUGCCCUCAUGAGCUUGAGGUGUUGAAUAACAAGGGUGAAGUUGUGGCUUGUAGUAGUGCUUGCUUGGCUUUUGAUAAUGACAAGUUCUGUUGUAGGAAUGAAUAUGGUAGCCCUGAGAAGUGUAAGGCAAAUGUGUACUCAAAAAUAUUUAAGGAAGUUUGUCCCAAUUAUUUUAGCUAUGCUUUUGAUACACCUAGUCCCCUGCGGACCUGUGGAUCCUUAGAAUAUAUAGUAACAUUUUGUCCUUCUGGUUGGGGUGGUGCUGUUGAGCACAAAUCUGAGUAA